AUGCCUUUGCUGAAAGUUUUGAUCUGCGGAGGGGGAAUAGCAGGAAACGCCGUCGCAUUUUGGCUUUCCAAGCUUGGCCACCAGGUCACAGUCAUCGAGCGUUACCAUGAGCUCCGCGCAACAGGCCUACAGAUCGACCUCCGGGGACACGGCAUUGCGGUCUUACAAAAGAUGGGCUUGGAGGAAAAUUUUAGAGCUCAUUCCAUCAAAGAAGAGGGGCUGGGCGUUGUCGAUUCCCGGGGAAGACAAUGGGCCUAUUUUCCUGCAAACCACUCCGGCCAAGGCCUGCAAAGCUUCAGCACCGAUUUUGAAAUCAUGCGGGGAGACUUAUGCCGAUUGCUUCAUGAUGCCACCGAAGGCCGCGUCAAAUACAUCUUCGAAACCUCUAUUCAAAGCAUCACCGAACAACUCCAUUCUGUAGAGGUGGCAUUCUCAAACGGUCAGAGUGAUUGCUUUGACUUGGUUGUUGGUGCUGAUGGACAGCGGUCACGCACACGCGGGUUGAUAAUGGGCCCUGGAGAGGAAGAUCCUUUCCAUUCCUUGGGAAUGUAUGGUGGAUACUUUACCAUCCCCAGAGAUAUGCAAGAAAAUGAGGCAUAUGCGGCGACUGCCUACAUCGCACCAGGGAGUCGGUUCCUUAUGAUGCGCAGACAUGACCCUUGGAGAAUCCAGGCAUAUAUGUUCUGCAAGCUCGACCCCAAACGCAUCGAGUUCAGCAGGGGCAGCCCCGGUUGCGGAAAAAACGCAUUGAAAGAUAUCUUCACAGGCGCUGGCUGGGAAAGUGAAAACAUUCUUCGAGCACUCGAUGUUGCUGACGAUUUCUACGGGGACGAAAGUGGCUUCAUCAAGAUGAGCUACUGGUCACGCGGACGUGUUGUUCUAGUCGGCGACGCAGCAUACGGAUCAUCCGGCAUGACAGGUAUGGGAACAACAUCUGCUCUCGUUGGUUCCUAUGUACUUGCUGGUGAGAUUAGCGAAGCAUUUGACCAGUCUUCUGAAGAGGUAUCGGGGGGAAAGAUCCACGCUGCAUUCGAGUCCUAUGAAGCCAAGUUUCGACCGUUUAUGAAUCAAGUCCAGGGAGGGCUGUCAGACAAUGAUUGGACUGGUUGGGAUUGGCUUUUAUCCAAGUCCCUUACCAUCACCAUCUGCUAUUUUGUCUUGGCGGUAACAUCCUACCUGAGACUUGAUGUAAUUGCUCAGUGGUUUCUUCGCGAAGAUAUCAAGAACUGGGACCUUCCUGUGUACCCAAAUAUGCCUGUUGCGUGA